AUGAGUACUGACCCGCAGCCGGCGCGUUUUGUGCACCCCAGCAGACGAAGGGACAAGCCCAUCUUGAGCUGUACUCUUUGUCGGCGACGCAAAUUGAAAUGCGAUCGUCAACAGCCAUGCAAGACUUGUGUCGAUCGUGGGCUUACACUGUCAUGCACAUAUGUGCGUAAUACACCAACACCAAAAGAACCCAAAAUCCCACACAGUGUACAUGAUCGCAUCAAUCAGCUCGAGAAGCUUGUGACCAACCUCAUGAGCGGUAAAGAUGCCAAUCACGUCUCACCCACUCCAAGCCACACGCAACAGCAGCAGGACCAUAGCUCCCACGAGGUGCCAGGGACUCCGGACCGUGUCAAGAUCAACGACGAAACUACGAGUUAUACAAACAGCGACCAUUGGACAACCAUUCUCGAUGGGAUCUCGGAAUUACGUGAGCAUCUCGACCAAAUUCCCACAUCAUCUGAUGCAAGAUGUGACGAAUCAGAAGAGGCGUCUCGCCCAGAAAUCCUAUUUGGACGGCAAAGGUUUGCAACUAAAGAAGAUAUACUAGCAGCAAUGCCGCCACGGCUUGAGGUAGAUCAGUUAGUCGAGACCUUUUUUACAACAAUGGAUACUCAUGCAAGCCGACAUUUAUCAAGCAAGCAAUACGAAAACUUCUGGCUGAAUCCAUUUGAAACACCUACCAUGUGGGUGGGACUUCUCUACGCUAUUCUUGCCACUGGUGCUCGAUUCCAGGCGACUUUCGAUUGGCACAUGUCAAACGGCGUUGGCCUUGGGUCUAAUCAUACCCAUAGUCUAUACUUGGCACGUACAAACUUUUAUCGUGAGAAAUCCGUACAGUGUAUGAUCCUUGCCAACUAUACGAAAUGCCCACCGGCCACGAUGGAAACGUUUUUGCUUUACUGGGCCAGCGAGUUCUCACGCUCCACCGAUGCUCAGUUUAGUUCAUACAUGGUCGUCGGCAUGCUCAUAAGACUAUCGUUUCGUAUGGGACUACAUAGGGACCCGUCAAGGUUUCCCAACAUCUCAACUUUUGAAGGCGAAAUGCGAAGACGCAGGUGGAUUUCGAUUGUGUCUCUUGAUCUCAUCUCAUCAGCACAGUUGGGGCUGCCAAGAAUGAUCCAACCGUAUAUGUACGACACCCAAGAGCCUCGGAACCUGAACGAGGAAGACAUCCAUGAGAACAUGACGGAACUACCACCUUCAAGACCAGAAGCAGAAUUCACACAGCUACUCUAUUUCAUUCUUUUGACCAGAAUUCGAAAGCUCCAAGCACAGACUCUGGACUUGAUAGAAGCCACACCGCAGCCACCAUACAAGACCAUAAUCGACAUCGAUGCAGCGCUGAGAUCUAUCUACAGCAAAAUCCCCAAGAGCCUCGAAAUCAAGAGUUCAGGAAAAGCUAGUGCUCCCUUGAGAUGGAGCUUGAUGCGCUAUACCUACUUGGAGUUGGCCUAUCUGAAGGCUCAAGUGAUGUUGCAUCGUCCGUAUCUCAAGCUUGGAAGAGUUGACAAGCUCUACGAAUACUCGCGGAAGGUUUGUCUGAAUGCUGCAAUAGAAUUGCUUGCAUUCCAAAAAAAGCUAGAUACGGACAUUCGGCCUGGGGAUGAAUAUAGCUCAUUGUUCCGCAUAACCGGCAUAAUCAGAAUUAUGUCUUCGAUUGUUUCACAGGACUUUCUCCUAGCGACUAGUGUACUGGUUAUUGACCUCGACGAAGACUUGGUUUCCGCUUUGCCCGUCGUUACCGAUGGGAGGGUGACGGGAGUGUCCCACCUGGAAGCAGGGAUGCCAACACGCAAAGAAGUUGUAGCAUCGCUACGUUCCUCGUACCAUGUCUGGUUAAAGGCAAGCAAAAGAUCUCAAGAGGCAAAAAAGGUUGCGGCUGCAGUGAAACUAGUGCUUUCCAAAGUAGGGGAACACGAAAACGACACGCACAGUUCCCCACAUUCCGUGGAUGCUACAACAGCAGAACAGAGCGGUAUCUACCCAUCACCGGACUUUGUGUUCAAUGAGAAUAUGCCACCACAUCAGGUGCCAAAUCUAUUCACAGCUGGAGAGGACAGUUACAACCACUCUCUUCUCUACGGCCAGAUGCCCAUGGACCUGGACAGCUUGAACAUUCCUCUUGAUUGGGAAGGUAUGAUGUCACAUCUUGACAUCCAGCAGUACAAUGAUGCUCAACAACGGUCCUUCCAAUAA